UGUUGUGACUGUAGCUUGCGCCUGCAGGAGAGUGCUUGCUGCGUAGACCAUUAAAACACAAUACGACGAUCAGCCCGAAGUUCGAAUUUAAAAUUCGUCAUUUCCAUUUUAGCCGCGUGUGCGAUCACAACCGUUUUGUUCGAGCUCGAAAGAUUUGAUUUUGUGUUUUAAUAUUUUUAGUAUCUAAUAUUUUUGCGUUGUUUCAAGAGUGUUCUUAUGUUUGUUUGAGUGUUGUCGGGCGUUUUUUUGGAAGUUCCUCGUCAAAGAAGGCAGAGUCAUUGCAUUGAAUCAAAUUCAAAACCGGAACCAUCCAAGAUGGCCUUUGCUCUGCUGAGAAAUUGUGCUCGCUCGUCGAUCCCGCUGCUGGAGCGAAAUUUUGCAGCGCUUACUACAAUGCAUGGCACCGGAGCUACUCUAAUCCCACAUUCACAAAAGAUUGACCAGACCACUGCCGGACAACCGUUGCCCAAUUUCGUGUCGACCAAUGUGCGAAAGUACUCCAAAAAAGCUAACCGACCCGAACGGGCCUACGAGAGCGAUUCCGAUUCAGACUCGGACGAUGAACGGGACACUCACAGCAAGAGGCAGGGUCUCCGCCGGGAAAGGGGAAACUCCGAAUUUUGGCGACGAAAGAUGCGUACCCUGCACGGCGUGCUGGACGUCAACAAUGAUGGUGUCAUUUCCUACGACGACUUCAUGCUACUGACAGAGAACUUCGCCACCCAGGGUCAUUUGAGCCCAGCAGAGAAGGAAGAAUUCCGCGAAAUCAUGAAGGAAACCUGGAUCAAGCAGUGGGGCGAAAUCACACCGUACAACCUGGUAACGGUGGAGCAGUACCUGGCCGACAUGCACCACGUGGUCAACGACAAGGACCUGCGCAAGAAGGUGCACCGAUUUUUGCCGUACCUGUACAAAGCGGUCGACAAGGACCACUCCGGAUCGAUUUCGCUGAACGAGUUCAAGCUGUUCUUCCGCUGUUUGGGCCUCACGGAGGAGGAUGCCGCCGUUUCGUUUGCCGUGAUCGACAAGAACGGCGACGGACAGGUCACGUUGGACGAAUUCUUGAAGCUGGGACGGGACUUCUUCCUCACCGAACGGGAGGAGAACGUUUCCCGGCUAUUCUGGGGACCGCUGGUGGACCAUUGAACUGAAAAAAGGAUGGCUAAAGUAGUGCCGACGGGCGAGUGUCGAAAUGAGGAACCAUGUAGGAAGAAAUAAGAGUCUUGAAAGCAGUCUUUUCACAUACCUUAAUAUUGGAUAUUUAACAUUAGGAUUUUGUCUGAUUUGUGAUAAUCAAAAUCAUUUACAUGAGAAAUAAAGUGUUUGAUAAAAAAAAAAACA